AUGAUUCCCCUUGUAGUGGCACUGUGCUUGUGCACAGUAAAUGCCCAGUACUGUCCGGAUCCCUGUGCAGGACCAUCGCCAUAUGCCUAUGCCCCUGCAUCGUGCGAAUACGUGACAGCCUCUCCAUACUCAUACGGUUGCGCUCCAGCUGCGCCACCUAGACCACCGUGCGAAUAUAUGACAACCUCACCAUACUCAUACGUUUGUGCUCCACCUACACCACCUGUACCACCAUGCGAAUACAUGACAGCUUCUCCAUACUCACAUGAAUGCGCUCCACCUACACCACCUGUACCACCGUGCGAAUACAUGACAACUUCUCUAUACUCACAUGGAUGCGCUCCACCUACACUCCCUGGACCACCGUGCGAGUACAUGACCGCUUCCCCAUACUCACAUGGUUACGCUCCACCUACACCACCUGGACUACAUGCACCACCCGCACCAUCUACACCCCCUCCGGUCUACAUUUCCCUACCUACACCUCCUCCUAUAUGCGUCACACCGCCCGCAUCACCUCCUCUGCUAGUAGAAGUUCCCCAACAGCCACCCAUAACUAUAACGCCACCAUGUUCUCCACCUUUGCAAGUCACCCUGCCGCCGCUACCACCAAUUACAGUAGUACCCCCGCCACUGCCACCAGUACAUAUAACACCUCCACCUCCCCCUCCUAUGACAAUUACACCACCAACUCCUCCCCCAAUGCAUGUUGCCCCGCCGCUUCCCCCGCCGCUCACGAUUGAACUACCUCCGUCACCUCCACUCUUAAUAGAGCUUCCCCCGAUAAUAGUUCAUCCACCUCCUCUAGGCAACGUUUGCGUACAACCUCCUCCAUUACCCCUCAUGACUGUGCAACCUCCUCCGUUACCUCCAAUGACCGUACAACCACCGACUUGUGCGCCAGUAACAAUACAGCCACCUCCUCUAAGCCCCGUCACCAUACCGGUGCCACCAUUUCCCCCAAUGAUGGUCCAACCCCCGCCACCCGAGCCUAUUAGUUUUCAACCACCGGCUAUAGGACCUCUAUACGUGCAACCGCCGCCGCCACCACCAAUGUAUAUGCAACCUCCUCCUCUAGAACCCUUCUGCCUCGACCUACCCGCGCCUCAACCAAUAUGCUUCCAACCUCCCCCUCUUCCUAAAAUUUGCUGCGUGCCUGCUACACCGGCUCCUCACAGCCCAUUAACGUCUGCUUUACCAAAUCCAGUCUGCCUGUAAACUAGUUGUUGUAGUCACUAUUAAAUAAGCUGUUGUUAUUUAUAUGUGAAAUGGAUAGUAUGCAUUGUUAAUAAUUGAACAAAUUAAACU